AAGAAGUUAUCAGCCCCACAGCCAAAGCCCUCUGGAGGGAAGGGACCAAGAGCAGGUCUUGUUUGGCUGCUGGGCUCACCUGAUACCUGUGACACAGCAAAUCCAUAGUCAUGAAGAUCCUUUACCUGCUCUUUUCUCUCGUCUUCUUGGCACUCCAGGUUUCUCCAGGUUUGUCUUCACCCCGGCGGGACAUGUUCUUUUGUAAAGGAGGAACCUGUCACUUUGGAAGAUGUCCCAUCCAUCUAAUUAAAGUUGGAAGUUGCUUUGGGUUCCGCUCCUGCUGCAAAUGGCCAUGGGAUGUAUAAAAACUUCAUGGAUUGUGCAUUCAAGAGUGAUGAAAAUUUCUUCUAAACCUAGGAAUUUGCUUUGAAUCCCCUUAUUGCUAAAACCACCAGAUCCUGCUACAAAGUCUCAUGCACCUUUCAUUUUUAAUCCAAAAAGCUUUAUGAUGUAGAGUAAAUCCAAAUGUAUUCUGCAUUGCUUUCCCCCCUUUUGAAUAAAUUGUUGUUGUUUAGCAUUCA